CAGACAUGAUGCAAAUGUGUCCCUUUAAAAGACGAGUGUCCCUUUAAGACGUUGCGUGGCGCUGAGCCGCAGUGAGGGGAAGGGGAAGGGAGAGGUGCGCGCGCAGCCCGUGUUCGGAGGGAUAGAGAGAGUCUAAGAAAGAGGGAGAGGUGGAGAUACAGAGCGGAGCCGCCAUCGCCGACGCCAUGUACCGGGCUCUCUACACCUUCCACUCGGCGGAGCCGCACUCGCUGCAUUUCACGGCCGGAGAGAGCUUCGUCAUCCUGGAACGGAGUAACCAGCACUGGUGGCUGGCGUCCAAGAGCAGCACCGGGGAGGUGGGCUACAUCCCCGCCUCCUACAUCCAGAAAGACGAGUCAAAUCAACAGGAUCUUGUUCUGCAGUCGAUUGACCGAGCAAUUGAAGCUAUUCAUAACGCGGCAAUCAAAACUGGUGGGAAAUAUAACCUGCAGCAGCGUGAAGUUUUACAGAAGCUGAUACACCAUCGAAAGGACACAGUUGCUCGAAAAAGUCAGACACUAAGCCAACAGAAAGGCCUUGUUGAGAAUCAACUGGAGAUACCACACCAGCCAGACAGAAUGAGCAAGAUCACACCUGAUCCAACACUAAACCUGUCAGAUGCAGUCCCCCCAGAUGGCAAUGUUUACCAGGUUCCCACUCAGCCUCGACGUACUGCCCCUGUGGCACCUCCACCACCUGAGAAACUUAGGGACUUGCACUCUGGCUCCUCAAACAUGCAAGAGACUGUAGAAAUCACUCCACUGACUGUAUCGACUGUUUCAUCUGUCAGUACAGCCUCCCUGGACACUCUGUACACUGGCUCUUCCAAUUCACCUGAGCCUCAGCAGUCCACAGCUUCCAGUCCUUCUGAAACACCUCCACCCCUCCCAACCCGAAGCACUUUUACUGCCCCCAGAUACCCAACCAGCAUACCUCUCCAGGCUGACACAAGCCCAACACUUUCAGCUCAAGCCCUCAGUCCCAGCUGUCAGCUGCAAGCACCCACCAACAUUAACUUGGAUGCUGGAAGUAUUCUCAGUCAAAGCCAGAACAAAGAGGCUGAAUCAUCAGUGUCGUGUUCAUCAUCUGAAAUGCAGCAAGGCAAGCUCACAGCCUCAGUGCCUAAGACCAUUGGAGCCGAGUUAAUUGAACUGGUUCGUAAAAAUACAAAUCUCAGCUAUGAGCUCUCGAGGGUAGCGAUUGGUGUGAUGGUUGGACACAUUCAGAGUUCGGUCCCAGCUGUAGUGGAUAUCAUGGAGCAGAUCCUACUCUCCCUGGUGGAGAGUAAGGAUCUCAGUUCAGCCUUACCCAGGGGGCAGGUGUGUCAGGAUGAACAGAGACUGGAGGUAAUCUUCACUGAUCUGGCAAGACAUAAAAAUGACUCUCAGCAGAGGAGCUGGGCAUUGCAUGAGGAUGAGAGCAUUAUUUCCUGCUACUUAGAGGAACUGCUGGGUAUUCUGACUGAUGCAGAUCCAGAAGUUUGUAAGAAGAUGACCAAGAAGAACCGUUUUGAACCAAUUCUUUCACUUAUUGCUUACUAUCAAAUGGAGCAUCGUGUCACCUUGCGCCUAUUCUUACUGAAGUGUUUUGGAGCUAUGUGUAACCUGGACGCAGCCAUCAUCUCAACACUGGCAAACUCUGUUCUGCCUAUGGAACUGGCACGAGACAUGCAAUCUGACACCAAAGAACACCAGAAGUUGUGUUACUCUGCACUGCUGCUCACAAUGGUGUUUUCCAUGGGUGAACCAUUGCCCUAUCAUCACUAUGAACACUUGAAUUCAGACUUCAUCCAAUUCCUUCUGGAUGUGAUUGAGGAUGGGUUGUUAUCUGAUUCCACUGAACAGCUUCCAGACUUAUUUACAAAUGUGCUGCUCUCUUUCAAUCUCCACAUGCUCGUGCCAUCCAGCAAUAUCAUCAUGAAAACACUGACUAAACAGGAGAAUGUGAAAGUGUUCACAGAGAAAUUAUUGCUGCUGUUAAACCGAGCAGAUGACCCAGUGGUUAUUUUCAAGCACCAACCCCAGCCACCACACUCGGUGCUCAAGUUCCUGCAGGAUGUUUUUGCUGACAAGAACACAGCAAGAAUUUUUUACCGUACUGACAUGAUGGUGAUGAUUGAUAUCAUUGUGCGUCAGAUCUCUGACCUCUCACCGGGAGAAAAGAUUAGAAUGGAGUACCUUUCACUGAUGCAUGCCAUAAUUCGCUCAACAGAUUACAUGCGCCAUCAACACCGCCUCCCUGACCUACAGGUUACAUUUCAGCGAAUCCUGGCCGAGGAGGAGACUGACCAGCCAUGCCAGAUGGACAAGCUGAUCAUCAAUGAAAUAUAUAAAGAAUUUCCAGACUUUGCUGUUGAUAACUAACCCAGAAGGGAAUGUACCAAAUGAGUUUGAAGUAUAUUGAAUGCAAAUACUUGAAAGAUUAGCCGCCAUGGUUCUAAAUUGCUCAUGCCUGUUUGACAAUGCGCUUGUAUCUGUAACUGAACCCAAAGCCGUUCUCAGCCUUACAAAUGUUUCUCUGACUACUUGUAAUUCUUUGUCCCCUAGACUUGCGACAGAAUGGUGAAGCAUUGUGACUGACCAUGGCCACUGUGUUGCUACACUCUUGUCUGUAGUGGAUUUAUGUGCAUUUUAAUCAUGUGUGAAAUCUCAAUAACUCUGAAGUAGAAGAAUAGCCUUGCACUAACAUAAAUACUUAACCGACAGAGCAGAAUGUUAGGGAGGGGAUUUCAUGAAAUACAGCAACCUGCUUAUUUCAGAGUAUUUUCAGUUGGUAAGCUAGCCUCGCUGACACAUACCUGAGCUAACUGGCAUGGAACAGAUCAGAUCUUUGUACAACAGUCAGAAAGUUAUUUGCAAGUAAAAGUGUUUAACUAUAACAAUCAUCUCAAUGUUAACAGCUGGAUUGCAGUAAAGUGGAAUGAAUUGAGGGGUUUGUUUGUUAGCUAAUCCACCUCAAGAAAGCUCGAGCAGUCCAAGGAUGUCACCUUGAACCCGGACAUUAUUUUGUAUUUCCCUCAGCUCUGUUGUUAUGAGGAGGAGUUGGUGGAUUGGCAGACUGCUUACUGUCUAUUCGCUCACUGUGAUUGCAAAAAUCACAGUGACAGCUUUCUGGAAAUGAUAGUGAUUAGUGAUAAGAGUACAAGAAAAUGCCACACAGUCCCCUGGGGGAGGGCGCACUGUGCCGCAGAGUCCCCCAGGGGAGGGCGCACUGCCAGUGUCACGUGCUUCGGAAUGCUUUUUGCCAGUUUGCCAUUUGAGUGGCCUUGAGUCAAUGCUGUUAAUGGUGUUAGUUUGGGAUGAGUGUGGGAUGCUGAUUACUUAUGGGCUGCUAACUUUCUCAGGUAGCAGUAUCUUCAGUCCAGGCCUGAAAUGGCAGUAAGAACACAAGCCUGUGGUUUGCUCUCUGAGCAAUUCAGCAGUGUGGCAGCCAGUGGGAGUGUGCAGAUCCCAUCCCACUAUUGGCUGCUGCAGGCUGUCAUUUUCGGCUCCAAGUUUGCCUUGCUAUUCAGUAUUUUACUGCUAAUAUUUGUAUACAGGUAAUUAAAGCAGCUACAGCAUUUA